UUCACAUGCUGGGGGAGGGAAGCUCAUAUGCUGAGAUAAGUCAACAGCAACAUUUGAAUUAAGCUUUGAUUUUUGGUUUAUUUUCAGAACGUGAACAGUGACGUCAAAUAAUAUCAUCCACCUUAACAAGCUGCUUUAAAAAACAGGAAAACUGGCCAUCUGUCGUGGGCCCCGUGAACACUACGGGUGUCCCAUAAUAUGGUAUAUUGCUGUGUGACGUGCUGACUUUAUCAAUCUACUUUUUGUGGUUCUAUUAAACUACAAUGUUACAUGAAUCUCACAACCCAGCCUUGAGCAAAGUUGCAAGGAGCAAAAUACAAAAUAAAGUUGUGCUUUGAUGCAUUACUGCAAAACGGUAACUGUGGUAGGUCUCUGCAUGUUUGACCAUUUAAUGAAGGUGAUGGGUUUAUUACAGAAUUACAGAAUGUUCUUAAAUCCACUCUCCUGAUUUGUGAGGCUGUUUUUGUGAAACGUGUAACUCUGGUGUCCUUUCGUCACUUGGUUAGAGCAACACAAUAUCUGAUGCAGUUUAUGAACAGGUUGCACGUAUUGCAUUAUUAUUUUGUGUAGCAUUAUGAGUGUCUAAAUGCAUGUUAACCAUUUAUUCAUAACAAAAAACUUGAAAACUAUGUUCAUAAGCUAAAGCUCAGUUGUGGCAUUGACUUCAUCCACAGUACGUGUUUGUUUUUGUGUUUGACCAUGCAUCAGAUUAUCCUAAACAGAAAGCAAAGCACGAUGGGAAACUUUAGAGAGCAAUAUCUGGAUUUUUCUGGGAAGGAUAAUGUCAGAUAGACCCUCAGGCAUUUUGCGAAAAACCCACAAAAACCAAGGACACGAUUACACAAAGAACCAUUAUUCUCUCCUAAAAUCUGUUCUCCCCAUCCCCCAUUCCAUCCUCCUCUGUCUCUGUCGUUGCCUCUGGAUGACAGCUGACUUAACGGCGUUCACGUCUGCUGACGCAUCAGUAGCGGAGACAGUGAGAUAAGUGUGCAUCUAAGAGAAAUGACUUGGCAGGAAGAGAGCGACAGAGAGUGAUCAGCAGUAGCAGAGAGACAGAGAGCGAGUGAGAAGGUGCCGUGGUGUAAAAGACGGAACGAAACAGAAAGGCACACAGAGAAAAGGAUUAAUAAGCCUAAAGUGAAGGCCAGAGACACACAUCUGGCCUCGGGGAGUAACAGCCUUUAUCACAUUAACCAGUCUGUGCCUCUGCGUUCUGUUCUCUCCGCUUACCGCUCGGAUCCAAACCUUUUCCUUUACGGAAAAUGCAUUUAAACGUUUGACGUCAAGUACGCCGUGUACUUGUAUGUCCCGCACUCGCCCUACAGCACACUUGAGGACGAGCUUUCCCUGGAAAACAAGGUAGCGUGUCCUGCCAACCGUCCAUCCAUCCACCCUGGACUUGUCCAAAUCCAUUUGACUGAAAAGAAUGAAAGCACCGCGCUGUAAAGAAGAGCUUCACUGCCCUCUCUGGUUAGGAGCCUGUUUCACUUGGGUGUGGCCAGCAUGGCCCUUUCUAACCUCUGUAACCACCCCAACAUGCAUGUCCCUGGGGGGACACCUGUACAUACCUGCAACCACAUGCUGUCUCUGUCUUCAUUUUAACCUCUUCUUAAAACCUUUCAUAACCAUUUAAAGCUGGUUUUAGAACAAAAUGUAUUUGUGUUUUUAUAACUUGUGUAUUUUGCGUGACUUUAUUAAAAUCCAUUUCCUUAUUUUGAACUGUAUUUGUUUCCGAUAUUCUGCGGUUUGUUCGACUGUGUGUUUGUUUUGCCCUAAAUCCGGCUUUUGUGCAAAGUCAAGCUCCCCCGUUUGAAAUCUUUGACAUGCUGCAAUGUUUUUCUGAUGUGUGUAGAAUGUGGGCACAGGCCAAACAGCACAAGCACACACACUUUUCUACAGGGGCUUUACUAACCUUUCAAAACCAACCGUGAAUGUGUCUCCCGUGUGUUUGUCACCCAAAAUUGACACUUUGAUUAGGUCUUCUGCUGCUUGAGGCGGUGGCUUGAGGAAAGAGCCCAAUGCAGCGAUGCCUUGUUGUCACCCCUGCAAGUGUUUGCUGCCCGUGGAAUCUACAUCGAAUAGUCAAAUAGUCAACAGGCAACGCAAGAGUUUAUGAAAAAAUGGUGUCGUUUUUCAUAAAAUGCACAAGUAAAUGAAUUAUACAUGCAAAUAAAAUGAAGACAGAGAUGGAGCGAGCAAUAAAGUUGAGUUAGUUGAAGCAGAUUGUUGUUGAUAAUGUCCAUGGUUGAAUUAGGAUCAAUUAGGGGCGGGCAGAUGUGCAGAAUCAUGGUUGACCCCGGGGGCUCAAAGGAGACAAUCCAAUUUUCCUCAACAAAUGUAAUACCAUUAGAAUGGAUAAAAACAGACAACUCACGAGGGAGGAGUGUCUUAAAAAGCAGGGAGAGGGACGAGACAGAGAGAGACAGAGCAGUUGUUCAGAAGGAGGAGACAAUACCAGACAAGACUGGAAAGAUUAGUGAAACUCAAACCAAAGUCAAAUCUGACAGCAAACGAGUGCCCGUGAGGAUAGAAAACAUGUCAAGAAAAGAGUAACCCACCUCACGUCACCACUGCAAGGGAGACACCAGCCAACGGUGGCCAUAAAGGGGACCACAGCUGAAAAGACAAAACAAAACCAGCGAGUGUUUGAGAGUUAAACCUCUUACAGAACUACAGCGCCGCAGACUUUGAGAGACAAAAAUCCAUCUGCUCCGGCGGCGAUUGAGAGCCGUCAUUUAGGGCUAUGAGAAUCUGCAACAAGAACCUCCGCCUCCAGGACGUCACCAUCAUGUACUUCACAGCCCUGGCUGCUCUGAUGGUCAUCCUGGUGGCUUCGUACCAGGCGCCCUCCAACGCCAUCGAAGUGUCCGGCCUCAAGUCAAACCCCUCCAGCGCUCCACCGCGGCUGCCCAUGCCCUUCCGCGUGCCCCUGGACCCGCACGGGGAUCUCCAGCUGGCCUGGAACAUCAGCUACGCCGACCAGGAGGUCUACAUGGAGCUGAGGGUGGCGGACCUCCAACACGGCGUGGUUCUGGGGAUGUCCGACCGCGGGGAGCUGACCAACGCCGACCUGGUGGUGCUCUGGGACUCCGGGGCUAAUAGCUACUUUGGGGAUGCGUGGAGCGACAACGAGGGUCACGUUUCUCUGGACAGCCAACAGGACUACGAGUUGCUAGAAGCCAAACACAAAAGUGACGGAUUCCACCUGCUUUUCAAGAGGCCGUUCAGUACCUGCGAUCCCAGGGACUACCUGAUAGAGGAGGGAACUGUGCACAUCAUUUAUGGAUUCCUGGACAAACCACUUGCCUCACUGGAUCAGCUGAACUUGUCCCGGAUCCACACAGGCGUUCAGAGGGUGCUGAUGCUGCGGCCCGACACGCCGUCGCCCGCCCUGCCUCCGGAUGUGCAGACGCUCGACGUAGUGGCGCCGAACGUCGUCAUCCCGAAUCAGGAGACCACCUACUGGUGCUUCAUACAGGCGCUGCCUGAAAACAUGCCAAAGAACCACAUCGUCAUGUAUGAGUCAGUGAUAACUCCAGGUAACGAGGCCAUCGUGCAUCACAUGGAAGUGUUUGAAUGUUCUCCGGAUGUCCGCGACGUUCCAGAGUACAGUGGCUCCUGUGAUGACAAGAUGAAGCCGGGCAAGCUCAACUUCUGCCGACACGUGCUCGCCGCCUGGGCCAUGGGUGCUGAGGCUUUUUACUACCCUCCGGAUGCAGGGAUGCCUAUGGGUGGACCAGGUUCCUCAAGGUUCCUUCGUCUGGAGGUCCAUUACCACAACCCUCUCCUUAUUUCUGGCCGUCGGGACUCUUCGGGGAUACGGUUGCAUCACAGCCCGAGUCUGCGGCGGUACGAUGCAGGGAUCAUGGAGCUGGGCCUGGUUUAUACUCCCAUCAUGGCUAUCCCACCCAAACAACACACCUUCUACCUCAGUGGAUAUUGCACCUCCAAGUGUACACAGACUGCUCUUCCUCCAGGAGGAAUCCACGUAUUUGCAUCCCAGCUGCACACGCACCUGGCGGGGCGAGGGGUGAGGACAGUGUUGGUGAGGGGGGGCAAAGAGCUGGAGGUGAUACAGGAGGACCAGCACUUCAGCACGCACUACCAGACAAUCAGAGUUCUUAAGAAAAUGGCAAAUAUUUUACCUGGCGAUGUCCUCAUAACAAAGUGUACUUACAACACAGAAGACAGGAGCACGCCUACAGUGGGAGGUUUUGGCAUCAUGGAGGAAAUGUGUGUUAACUACAUUCACUACUACCCUCGAACUAAGCUGGAGCUGUGCAAGAGCCACGUCGAACCAGAAUACCUGCAGAAGUACUUUAGCUUCAUUAACAGGUUCCACGGAAACGACCGGUGUGUGUGCGGCGAGGUCGGCGUGACGGAGCAGUAUUCUCAGCUGCAGUGGGACGCGUUCGCCGGAGAAGUGCUGGACUCCCUUUAUAACACGGCCCCCUUCUCCAUGCACUGCAACCAGUCGAGUGCGCGUCUCUUUCCUGGAGAGUGGGACAUGCAGCCCGUGCCGCUGGUUACAUCCAUCCUUGAAAAACCCAGCUACCCCUGUGAGGGAGGAGCACAUCCCACCAGCAGACCCCUCACACCCGGCGCCUGAGUGGACGAGGGGGGCAUCGGGGCCCUCGGCCGCAGACGUUAAGGAAGCUUAACAUGUCAGUUUGCAGAAUCGAGCGCUGCUGCAGCUUCCUUUGGGGAUCAAAUCGAGUCCUCUUUUGGGGGGUUUUCCAACAACUGCUGCAGUUCUGUGCUUAUAGCCUCCGUCCAUGUUAUUGUCAGUAAACAGAAAUUAAUGAGAAUUCUAUUUGUCUAGUUUCAAAGCACGGCACAUGGAGUUGAGAGUGGGGAUUUGACAAACAAAUAAAAGUCAACUUCUACUGUG